AUGAUUAUAUUAAUAACAGAUGAUGAUGAUUGUAUUGGAUAUUUAAAUGAUUGGGAUAAAAGAAUUCCUAAUCUUGAUGUUGUUGAUGAUUAUAGAAAUGAAAAAAAAGAAAUUCAAGCACUACAAGGAAAACAAUUUCCUUUUAGUUUUGGUGAUUAUGUUGUUAAAAUUUUAAUGGGUGGUGUUGAUAGUUGGUUUGAUGAUUUAGAUGAAAAAAAAGUAACGAUAGAUGGUUAUGGACAACCAAUAGCAGAUUCAUCUUCGCUUUGGUGGCUUUUAUCUUGGUUAUUAAAUUUUUUCUGGCCGACAAAUCAAAAUUUGUAA